AUGGCCAUUGUUCAGUGGUGCCAGGUCAGCACGACCAUGCUGGUGCUCAUGGUAGAAUCUUUGCAGGAAACAGGUUACUAUCCCAAUUUCUUUCUGCUUGUUGUAGGUGAACUGCUCCUGCUUUCAAGUGUGAUUUUCCUGCUCCAGGUGGCGUGCCGCUGCCCAGAGAAGUGCCGCUGUCACUCAUCUUCAAAUUCUGUAGACUGCAGCCAGCAGGGUCUGGCUGAAAUCCCUUCCGAUUUGCCUCCUCAGACUCUAACGCUGCACUUACAAGACAACCAGAUACACCAGCUUCCUGCUUUUGCAUUUAGGUCAGUGCCACAGCUUACGACCUUGAACUUGUGCAACAAUUCCCUUUCAAAUCUGGCCCCAGGAGCUUUCCAUGGACUUCGGCACUUGCAGGUCUUAAAUUUAACCCAGAACUCUCUGCAUUCCCUGGAAAGCAGACUUUUCCAUUCCCUCCCACAGCUGAGGAAGCUUGAUUUGUCAUCAAACAACAUAAGCUACCUUCCCACAUCCCUGGGUGAGCCUUGGGAGAACCUAACCGUAUUUGCAGUUCAACAAAACCAGCUUCAGCACCUCGAUCGAGUGCUCCUAGAGUCCAUGCCCGGAGUGAGGCUUUUAUUUCUCAAGGACAACCUCUGGAAAUGCAAUUGCCACUUGUUGGGUCUUAAACUCUGGCUGGAGAAAUUUAUCUAUAAAGGGGGAAUAACGGACGGCGUCAUCUGUGCGUCACCCGACACCUGGAAGGGAAAGGACCUCCUGAGAAUCCCUCACGAGCUGUACCAGCCCUGCCCUUUUCCUUCUCCAGAUCUGGAGUCCUCAAAGGCACAGCAGCCAAGUUCUGCCCACUGGGCUGUCCCAAGGCCUCCAGAGAGCCAUAGUGCAGAGUGUGAGCUCAAACCCAAGCCCAGGCCGGCCAACCUGCGUCAUGCCAUGGCCACCGUCAUCAUCACCGGGAUUGUGUGUGGGAUCGUGUGUCUCAUGAUGUUGGCGGCCGCCAUCUACGGCUGCACCUAUGCAGCUAUUACAGCCAAAUACCAUGGGGGACCCUUGGCUCAAACUAAUAAGCCUGCAACAACAGAAGGAAAAGAGCUGUUUGACAUCUCCCCAGCCUGAGAGCUUUCAUCUCAAAUAACAAUAAUUAUUUUAGGCCAGAAGAAAGUGUCUGAGUAGGGCUAGUGUGUUCACUGUUACUGCCUCAAUUUGUUUUUUGCAAAAGAAAAAAAAAACCUGUCUGUAAAAAAAUAUUCCUGGGAAGAAAUUUAUGUUGAGAUUUUUUAAAUAUCAUAGAAGAAAUAGAGAUGAUACUUGUGCUCUGUGCCUGAGAAGUUAUUACAGUUAUUCUAUGGGGGGAAAGGCCAUACAGAGAGAAAGAGAAGAUACCACCUCCUUCAGGUACUCGUUCCUGCAGAGCAGCAGAAAUUCAAACACAGGUGCUAGUCAGCCUUCCGGGGAGCUUUAUGGUCCACUGGAAGACUGCCCAAUCUUCAGUGCCCGGGAAGAAGUGGGUGCUCUUACCCAAGGGGCAAAAAAUGCCUCUAUAAUUCAAGUUCAUGCUGGCUCGGUGAUACUUUUGGACGUUGUGUAUGUUACAUAUUUAAUGGGAGCGUCUGUUGGUUGGGAAUUUCAUAGCUUGCCACAAAAGUCAGAUUAUACUUAAUUUUCUAAAUCAGAAAACCAUUUGGGGCUUUCUAGGCCACAGAGGAAGAGGAGGGUUCCAUGUCUGGAUAAUGGGACUCAGGCCCAGGGUCUGGGGAAGUUUUCUGAUGCGAGGGUAAAUAACAUAUAAACAAACACAAAGAGGAUGGGGAGCCGGAAUUUGGGGCACAUACUACUGAAAGGCCAUAUCCACCAGG